UCGUGCCGUUACUGGUAGGCGUAUCCGAACCCCGGGUAUAAAUAGUAGUCGUGGCGGGGAGACGUUCAGAAAGGAGACGGUCGCGCUGCUACGAGUGCACGUUUCAGUUCAUUCAUCGUUAUAGAACGGUAAAGUACGAGCGUGAAACGAAUAGAUUCCUAACGCAUAAGAAAAACAAGUACAGUGUGCUGUGCAAUUGAAAUUGAGGUGACGAAAUGUUCGAUAUCGUAAUCGGAUGUAGAACAUGAGUGAAUGUUUAAGUCAUUCGUGCAUGACUUAAAGACACUGUGAUCCUAUGCGAGGCUCGAACAUUUACGGUAACCAGCAGCGAGGCUGGAAGUGCGCGUGGGAUACGACACACGUCGUGUAAUUACUGGUGAAAAACAACGUACAAUUUAAAGUAUGGUGAAUAUGGAGAGUUCAAACGAGCAGCAUACCGUGACAGCUUCGCCGCCGCCACGAGCUGCUCUCAAGAGCAACUUCAGCAUCCGUAGCAUCUUACCUGAGGCUUGCGGCGGGACGCCCGCGCCGUCGGUCAGCCAUUCGGACUCUUCCGAUGCUGGUCACGUUGACGAUAGCGACAGCGAUCUCGAUGUUACCGGUAAUGGCAUGGAAACGCCGCCUUUGGAUUGCUCUACAAAUGCAGCGUCCGUCAGUCCGACGAACCAAAAAGACUCGAAGGAGCAACCGGAGGAUAAGAAGAAGGCGGAGAAACCACCGUACAGUUACAACGCAUUGAUCAUGAUGGCCAUUCGGCAAAGUCCCGACAAGCGACUUACCUUGAACGGCAUCUACGAGUACAUAAUGCGUCACUUUCCCUACUACGAGAACAACAAGCAGGGCUGGCAGAAUUCCAUUCGACAUAAUUUAUCGCUCAACAAAUGUUUCGUCAAGGUGCCUCGUCAUUACGACGAUCCGGGCAAGGGCAACUACUGGAUGCUAGAUCCAAGUUCCGAGGACGUGUUUAUCGGAGGUACGACGGGGAAACUUCGACGCAGGACUACGGCCGCUUCAAGGUCUCGGCUGGCAGCCUUCAAGAGGAGUGUAGUGCUCGGUGGACUUUAUCCGCCUUAUCCGCCACCAGGAUGGCCGGCGUCGCUCUACACCUUACCGUGUCUUCAUCGCGCCGUUGCAUAUCCCCCAGUGACCGGUUCCUACACCACCCCAGCUGGAUAUCCAGCGAGUCUGUUGCCUGGAGCAGCGACCACGUCGGCUACAGGCUUGCCCUGCAAACCGCAGCCUCUUCCAGCGACGGCGGCACCUCCGGCGGCUCACGGUGCCUUCUCUGUGGAAAGGCUACUACAAGCACCUACGGGUUAUCCCCCCGCCAUAGCGGCGUCCGGAAUUCCGCCACCAGGGCAUUCUUAUCAAGACUUUUAUACCACCUUAAGAUCUAUCGCGGCGCAUCAGCAUCAGGCGGCGAUGUUCAGUCAACAACCUAGGUAUCAUCUUAAUCAAGCGCCAGUUCUAAGUCAGCCUGCUUCUAGCACGGCUUCGCCCGGAAGUAGUCCGGAGCCGAUGGCUCCGCAUUCGCCGCCGGUUACUAUUUGUAACUCCGUCCAACCGAGACCGCUCCCUCACAAUCCGCCGCAGCUUCUUCUAAAGCCCAUCACGGUCCUCACCGGCCGACAAAGCUGAAUCGCAAUUCCAAGGUUUCUGCAGAAACGAUCAUCCCCCCGGGAAAUGCAGCACGGUUUCGCUUUGCAUGUAAAAUUAUCGUUAUGUUCGUCAGGUUGAAAUUUUUAUAAUAAUUUAAAUGUAGCCAAAGAAAAAAUCAGGGACAAAAUUUAGCUGGACUAAAUUUCUCUUAUCGAAACUUUUUUAAUUUAUUUUUAUAUUAUUGACAAUGCGAUUUUUUUAGCAGCCAAGAUGUAGCAUGGAAAAUCCAUUCAUCGAGAGAAAUUGACCGAUAUUAACUAGCACACGUACACACGUAAUAACGUUAAAUUUUUAUUGACAAUUCCAGUAUUUUCGAUAGGAAUAUAAUCAGUAACUGUAUACUCAAAUAUGUAAUUAAUUGCGGUCAAUUUGUACUUUACUCGUUCCUACAUUUGUACACAUACUCCAUCUCACAUACUCUGACCGUGUUCCGAAAUUCACUGCUAGUAUUGGAAUUGUAAAUUUUUAAUACUAACAAAUUUUGGAACACGGCCUCUAUAUACGAUAUCGCUCUCUCUUUCUCUCUUUUCUUGUAAAUAUAGUAUAGAAAAUACGCAUCAGCGUAUCACAAUCUUCAUUUGCAAACGAUAUUGUUGGUGAAACUUCAUCACACAAAAUAUGACAUUUGCAAAUGUCACAAUACUCCCUUUCUAUAUAUAUAUAGGAUAAUAAAUAAUAAUAUAACAAAAAAAUAAUGUAAAUAGUUAUAUCAGUUAGGUAGAAUUUGAAUUUAUGAUCUCUCAUUGACGGACUGUAUCUGUGUACAGUAACGGUUAAUCGAUAAUUGUAUAUAGUCAAAUUUAUAAAUAGUCAUUUAUAGCUUCUUAUUACAAGGUGUGUAUGUACAUAGAUAGAAAAUUGUUGCUAAAGAUAUUAUGAAUAUUAUAUAUGUAUAUAGAGAGAAUUGGUCGCGAUAAAGAUAAAUGCGUGCGAGAGACAUAUAUGUAUGACGCCAUCAAAAUAAAUGUUGGAGAUCUUUUUAAAAAUUUUUUGUUGUUGCA